AAUGGGAGUAUGUUCAAAUAAGAGUAAAGGUUUGAAUCAUUAAGAAGAUGUACAUAAUUAUACUAAAUAGAUUAGUAAUAUUUACAUUUAUUGGAUAUUAAAAAUCCUGCCAAUGUGAAUUAGAAAUAUUCCAAAUAUUUUACAUUAAUUGAAAAUUAAUAUACUGGUAUUGGAAUUAGACUUACUAAUCAAUAUACAACUAAUUUAUCAAAAAAAGAAUGGGAAAUGAUGCAAAAUUAAUUUUGGGGUAGAGUAAUGAAGUCAUAUAAAGAUAGUUAUAAAGAUUCAAUAUAUUGGUAAAACAUACACAAAGCUUUAUCAUAAGAUGAUUAAAGUAUGUCUCAACUUUAAAAUGUAGAAUCUUCUAUUGCCAUAUUGACAUUAUGCAAAUUAAAACUGAUUAGCAAUUCAAUUCAAUUAUUAAUUUCAGAUAGUAUAAAUAUUAUUAUUUAUCAAGAACAAGUAUUUUAAGUUCCAGUAUUUAUUAUAAAUAAACCAAUUUCUUGGAAUAAUGAACUUUUGGUUUUAGAUUUUGAAUCAUCUUCUUUGAAAGUAAUCUUUAAGAAUAUUUAGGUGAGGAUACGUAGUAGUAAACUCCCUAAAGAUUUUUUAAUUUAAACAUAAAGUACUUCAACUGUUCUUGAAAUUAAAUAGAAAAUAUUAGAGGUAGCGAAAGAAAAUAGUUGCAGAUUAUAUUUGAAUGGUAGAGAGUUAAUAGAUCAAAAUUAAUUAGGAAAUUAUAAUAUUACUUCAGGAACAGUACUAAAAAUAAAUAAGUUAGAUAAUACAAGCUUUUUUGUGAUUAUAUUUUUAAAAAAUGGUUGGUAUUAUUUUAUAUUAUGCAUAAACAAAAAGCCUAGAUUCUUUUCAAAUGUCAUCAUUAACACUAGAGACCAGAAUAUGAAGAUUCUGCUUUUACAAUUACUAAAAUUAUAGAAAUCAAUAAUUCUACAUCAAUUUUUGAAUUAAUCUUAGAAAACUGUAAUUUCAUCAUGGAUAAUAACUUUUGUAUCUAAAUAUCAUCGUAUUUUAUUUUCAUUAUCAUAGAUUAUAAUCAUUAAUAUACUUAGGUUUGAAUAAUUGCAAUAUUGUGUCUUUGUAAUAUAUUCCAAAAAUUGAAUCAUUAAAGCGAUUAACAUUGGAUUACAAUUUUAUUCACAAUUCUGAACUAAUCAACUUAAAAUUUUACUAAGAUAAACUAUUAUCCUUAUCUAUAAUUUAAAAUCAACUAGAUUUCUCAGAUUAAUCAUUAUUGGCAGAAUUCUAUUUAUUUAAGAAACUAAUUCAAUUAUCAAUUGCUGGAAAUUAUAAAGAUAUAACUGAAUAAGAGAGUAUAAUGAUUAGAAAGGAUAUAUUUAAUAACAUGAAAAACUUAGUAUUUUUAGAUACAAUUGCUAAAGGAGAAUGUAAAUUAUCUUAUACUAAUUUUAGUUCUUUCGACUUGUAUUCAAAAUUAAUUUAGUGAUUAAAAAUAAGAACAGGAUUAUUUAUCAAGAAUAGAUGUUGUUGAUUGGUAAUUUGAAAAAGAAUAUAAAUAAUUUGAUUAAUGA